AUGCAGUCCAAGGACGAACCGCAGCUGUCGGAUCUCCUCCUCCCGUCAUCGCUACCAUUCAAGCGCGUGCAGCUGGAGGAGAAGUACCCGCGCGGGUCGCAGGUGCGCGGCGGGCGGCACUGGAAGCACCUGAAGCAGAUCCUGCAGCCGCACAACCUGAGCGACCUGCCGCCCGACGAAGCCAAUUACGUCACGAUCGAGGCGCCGCCAUCAAUGUACCCCGCUAAGAAGUACUGCGAUAUAACGGGGCUCGAGGCGCCCUACACGGACCCGCACAGCAAGCUGCGCUACGCCAACCCCGCCGCCUUCGCCAUCGCGCGCUCGCUCCCCCACCCGCACGCGCAGGCCUUCCUCGCGCUCAGAGGCGCGCAGACCAUCGUCAAGCCGACUGAGCGAUUCGCUGGGUCUCUCGGGCACUCUCCCUGCCACAGCCUCGCAUCUCCCUGCCGCCGCUACACUGCUGCGCGCUGGCGUGGCCUUGCUGCUCGAGCGGGUGGUGUUGCUACAAGCGGAGGAGGAGACAGCGUAGGAGAUGUGACUCUAACGGAUGUGAUAGAGUCGGGUGUGGGUGGGAUGGAAGGAGAGCGGAGGAGGGACGGGGUGGGGUAUGGUGAGGACAGGGUUGGGAGAGGGGGGGUGGGGACGGGGUCUGGUGAGAACAGGUUUGGGAACGGAAGCAGGGUGGGAAUGGAAUCUGACAUUCCCAAGGUUGUGUGGGAGCUCGAGCAGGAUACCAAAGACCUGCUGGAAUGGCCAAUCGUGUGCCGCCAAGUGGCGCGAUUCGCGGACACAGUAAUGGGGUACAGAGAGGCGGAGGAGGGGCGGCUGGCAGUGGGGCGAACGUGGGAGGAGAGCCAGGCGCUGCUGCUGCAGACGGAGGCAGCGCUGCUGCUGCCACGACGGCUGGACUUCAACGGUGCUGUGGACGUGGGAGGGUUGCUCGCACGGCUCCACCGUGCUGCUGCUGCUAGUGAUGUUGGUGAUGGUAUGGCCACGUCUUCUGGCAGUGAUAGUGAUGUUGACGGCAGUGACAGCGAUUCUGGUUCUGCGGACUCUAAUGGGAGCACCGCCAGUGCUGCCAGUGCUGCCACAGCUGCACCCCCCCCGGCCAUGACCAUAACCCCCUCGGAGCUUCUGUCAGUGGCAUCUCUCCUGCAAUCAGGCAUUGAUCUAGGGGCGGGCAUUGGGCUGGUCCCAGAUGAAUCUGGCAUUCUCUGCUCCUCCUCCUCCUCUUCCUCCUUCUCCACCUCCUCCUCCUCCACCUCCUCCUCCUCCACCUCCUCCUCCUCCUCCUCCUCCUCCUCCUCCUCCUCCUCCUCCUCCUCCUCCUCCUCCUCCUCCUCCUCCUCCUCCUCCCCCCCCCCAACCCCCUCGCAUCUCGCCCCUCUCACGGCCCUCCUCUCCUCUGCUGCCACGUGUCCUUAUCUCCUCCAUCGCAUCCGCACCGCCAUCAACCCCCGCCUCAAGUCCCUCGCUGACUCAGCAAGCGCUGAGCUGGCAGCCAUCCGCGCCGCCAGGCGGGACAACCGGCGCCAGCUGGACGAAGCAUUACAGAGAGCAGCGCGACGUGUUGUGGAGGGAGGGGGGAUGGAUGAGGCUCAGGUGAGUAGGAGGAGAGGGAGGGGGUGCGUGGCAGUGCGAGCAGGGAAGAAGAGUGCUGUAACACCGGGAGGGGUUACCUUAGAUGUUAGUAACACCGGCGCUACACUCUUUGUGGAGCCAGUAGAGGUUAUCGAGUUGAACAAUAACGAAGCAGAGCUGAGUGGGCAGGAGGCGGAGGAGGAGAGGCGGGUGCUGAGGGAAAUGGCUGAGCAGGUGGCGGAUUGUGCGCCGUUGAUUCGAGAUCUAGCGGACAGGAUCGUUGCACUGGACCUGGCAUGUGCCCGUGCAAGGCAUGCCCUGUGGAUGGAUGCCUCUCGUCCUGUCCUCCUUCCACCCACACACCGUCUCUCCCAUGGCCAUGGGGAUAACUUCUCAGGGGUAAAUACGCCUGGGGACAGUGAUACAGGGAGAAAUACCCUUGCAGGGAGAGAAUCCUACAAAAUCGAAUCUUACGUGGUUGAGAUUCGGGGGAUACAGCACCCAGUUCUGCUGGAGAUGCAUCUUGACGCCCUCAGUGCUGCUGCUCAGAAUAGGACGAGUAAAAGCACAGGUGCAGCAGACACCAACGCAGUAGCAGCAACAGGAGGAGGAGCAGAAGCAGCAGCAGCAGCAGCAGCAGCAGCAUCACCCCAGGCGACUCCCCCGGUGCCCAUAGACCUGCUGGUGCCAGCCGGCGUGGCAGUGGUGGUCAUCUCCGGCCCCAAUGCGGGCGGCAAGACCGCCGCCCUCAAGACCCUCGGGAUUGCCGCGCUCAUGGCCAAGGCAGGGCUUUUCCUGCCCCUGGCGGGGGGUGGUCAAGGGGAGGAGGCGGGCCAGGGCACGGGGGGAAGCGGAGAGGACGGGAAGGAGGCAGGGGAAGUGGAGAGUUGGGGAGCGAGGGGAGGAGGGAGAGGAGGGAGUGGGGGCGAGAGUGGGGGAAUAGGAGAAGCGAGCAGAGCAAAGGGGCGAGUGGCGGUGGUGCCAUGGUUUGACCGCGUGGUGGCGGACAUUGGAGAUGAGCAGUCGUUGGAGCAGAGCCUCUCCACCUUCAGCGCCCACAUGCGCCAAGUCUCCCGCAUCCUCCUCGCCUCCUCGCCUUCUUCCUCUCCUUCCUCGCUCCCCUCGCUCUCCCCGCCCUCCUCGCCCUCCUCGCCCUCCUCGCCCUCCUCUCCGUCUCCUUCUUCCUCCGCCUCCUCCUCCCCUUCCUCCUCGUCUCUCGUACUCCUGGACGAGGCGGGCAGUGGCACGGACCCAUCAGAGGGAGCAGCGCUAGCAGCGGCCAUUCUAAAGCACCUGGCGGGGUGCAACGGGCUCACUCUCGCCACCACCCACUACGCCGACCUCAAGAAGCUUAAGGCGGCCGAUUCCCGAUUCGAGAACGCCAGUGUGGCGUUCGACCCGGUCUCCCUGCGCCCGUCCUUCCACAUCCUCUGGGGUCUCCCCGGCACCUCCCACGCCCUCUCCCUCGCUGCCUCGCGCGGCCUGCCUCCUUCCCUCGUGGCUAGAGCCGCCAGGCUUGCCCGUGCUGCCACUUUGGAGGCAGGAGAAGAGGAGGACAGGCAAGCGGGGAAGAGUGAGACAGACGAUUAUGCUACCCUGGGAGGGGGGAGGGGAGAGGGUGAGGAGGUGGGAAUACUGGCAUCACUCAAGCAGCAGUGGCAGCGGAACGUGGAGGAUGCGAGAGAGGCAGCCGAGGCGAGGCAACAAGCAGAGGGACUCCUGAAAGACCUUCAGGCGCACUACACCAGCAGGAGCACCUCGCAGCAGGGCCAGCAGGAGCAGCCUCUGCAUGUGAGAGAGGUGCUGUGGAAGAGAAGGUAUCAGAGGGACGUUCAGGAGGAGGUUUUGGCAGCGAGGGAGGAGAUUUCCCGCGUUGUUGCCGCUUUCCAGGAAGCUUCCCUUGCUGGUGUCCCGGAGCGGGCGGCGACAGACCAGGCCUGUGCUGACGUGGCAGCGGUGGCUGCUUUGACUGGCCUCUCUCCCGAGGCUGAUUCUGCUUUAGGUUCGGAUGCUUCAGUUGGUUCCUCGGGGGGGGAUUUGGGAGGGGCUGACUGGGUUCCUGUUCUGGGAGAGCCUGUGUAUGUGAGGAGGUUCGGCACCAGUAUGCGUGGUACGGUGGUGGCAGUGGGCGGUGGUUCGGGAGAAGCCUCGGCAGAAACAGCAGCUGCUCGGUCUGUGAUGGUUCAACUGGGAAAUCUGCGAUUGCAAGUGCAGAGAGCAGACCUCCUUCCCGCCGCCGAUGGCGGUGGUGAUGGUGGACAGAGCAGGACAGAUGGAGAGGCAGGAAGGAGGGGGGGAACAGGAAGACUGUUUGGCAGUCAAUGGGAGCAAGAUGACGACAGCAACAGCAAUAGCAACACAAAUAAGUCUCGUGUCUCCAAGCGUGGCGGUCAGUUCCCCUCCCCGUCCUCCUCCUCUUCCUCCCCUCUGCCAGCAGUGAGAGAGGCAGCGGUACAGACAGCGCGAAACACAGUGGAUGUGAGGGGGCGGAGUGCAGAGGAUGCAUUAGCAGCGGUGGACCUAGCAGUGCAGUCCAGCCCGCCUGGUGCUGUGCUCUUCAUUGUGCAUGGGCUUGGCACGGGCGUGCUUCGGGCAGCUGUGCUGAAAUAUCUUUCGGGCAGCCCGCUGGUUUCGCGGCACGAGCCGGAAAGCAGGUUGAAUAUUGGGUGUACUAUUGUUUACAUUGGGUGA